GGGAGGGAGAGAGAGAGAGAGAGAGAGGGAGAGAGAGAGAGAGAGAGAGAGAGAGAGAGAGAGAGAGAGAGAGAGAUCAGACUUCAGAAUCUUUCCUCCGGAGUGAAAGUGUCUGACGUUGGAUCAAAGAUGAACCUGGCGCUGAUCCACGACGGACCCAACGUCAAGACGUUCUGGGAGAAGAGGAUCAACGUGGAGUGUCAGCAGGCUGAGAGCGAGGAGCAGCGGAGGAACAAGAGCGCUCUCACCAAGCUGAGGGGCGAGUGGCGGGUCCGUCUGGAGAACAGGAACAAACACCUGAAGCUGCUCAGCGACACGUACGUGAGGAAGGUGAAGACGGAGGCGGCGGCCGGCCAGACAUGAGUCAACGAGCGAAGGACGAAGAUGAUGCACGUUCGCUCUGACGUCGUUGUCUUCGUCCUGUUUAAAGACCAAUAAAGUCACAAACCGUUUUCCUCCAUCA